UGCGCGCUUUCAGUCUUCAAUUAGGUCCGAAUUCCCUGCAUAUAAGGGCGUUGCUUUGCUUUGGCGUUUAGGUUUCUUAAGCUGGUUUUAGGAGUUGCUUAGUCAUGUCUGGCCGUGGUAAGGGUGGAAAAGGUUUGGGUAAGGGAGGCGCUAAGCGUCAUCGCAAGGUUUUGCGCGAUAACAUCCAGGGCAUCACUAAGCCAGCUAUCCGGCGCCUUGCUCGUCGCGGCGGUGUCAAGCGAAUUUCUGGCCUUAUCUAUGAGGAGACUCGCGGUGUUCUGAAGGUGUUCCUGGAGAACGUGAUUCGUGACGCUGUCACUUACACAGAGCACGCCAAACGCAAGACCGUGACAGCAAUGGAUGUGGUCUACGCGCUGAAGCGACAGGGGCGCACUCUUUACGGCUUCGGUGGCCUUGAAGCGUUCGUAAGGUUCUCAAAGACUACAGAAGUUGGAAACUCGCGGAGAGACUGCAAGUUACCCUUUCCAAAAUGGCGGGAAGGGCUAAAAACAAAGAAAGCUCGCACCCAGACGGCGGGCCUUAAACCAAGGCGAAUCCGUGAGCGCAACACAUCUGCUUCUGUGGCUCCUGAUGGAUCUGAGAAGAUGGACGUGGAGGAUGAAAAUCUGUCUGAGUAUUUUGAACUGAUGUUUGUUGCUAUGGAGAUGCUGCCUAUAUUUUACUUGGAGCUGGUGUACUUCGUGACAGCCUUGGUGCCCUCCGACACCGCGUGUUUGGCCAGCUCCCCGGGUAGCAGCAGGCGCACAGCCGUUUGGAUCUCCCUGGAAGUGAUGCUCUCCUUGCGGCUGCGCUUGCGCUUCUUGCCAUCCUUUUUCUGUGCCUUGGUCACCGCCUUCUUGGAGCCCUUCUUCGGGGCAGGAGCUGACUUAGCUGGUUCAGGCAUGUUCGCAGCUGAAGUAAUACCGUCAGAUGACCACAGGAAAAUGCUGGGCAGCAAAGCUCGCGCCAAGGCUAAAACGCACUCUUCCAGGGCUGGUCUCCAGUUUUCUGUGGGCCGAGUACACCGCCUCCUCCGCAAGGGCAACUACGCCAAGUGGGUUCGGGCCGGUGCGCCGGUGUACCUGGAGGCGGUGCUGGAGUACCUGACCGCCAAGAUCCUGGAGUUGGCGGGCAACGCGGCCCGAGACAAGAAGACCCGCCUCAUCCCCCGACGCCUGCAGCUCGCCAUCCACGACGAGAAGCUCAACAAGCUGUUGGGCAAAGUUACUAUCGCGCAGGGCGGUGUCCUGCCCAAUAUUCAGGCCUCUGAGAUGGCCCGCACCAAGCAGACUGCACGCAAGUCCACCGGUGGCAAAGCGCCGCGCAAGCAGCUGGCCACUAAGGCGGCUCGGAAAAGCGCGCCGGCCACCGGCGGCGUGAAGAAACCUCAUCGCUACCGCCCCGGCACCGUGGCUCUGCGCGAGAUUCGCCGCUAUCAGAAGUCGACUGAGCUGCUGAUCCGAAAGUUGCCUUUCCAACGCCUGGUGCGAGAAAUCGCUCAGGACUUCAAGACAGAUCUGCGCUUUCAGAGUUCCGCGGUGAUGGCCCUGCAGGAGGCCUGCGAGGCCUACUUGGUGGGGCUCUUUGAGGAUACCAACCUUUCUGACUUGUUUAUCAUGUCUGGUCGGGGCAAGGGCGGAAAAGGCCUUGGGAAAGGCGGUGCCAAGUGCCAUCGCAAGGUACUGAGCCAUAACAUUCAGGGCAUUACCAAGUCCACUAUCCUGCGCUUGGCCCGGCAUGGCAGUGUCAAGCGCAUCUCGGGCCUCAUUUAUGAGGAGACCCGCCGGGUGUUCAAGGUGUUCCUGGAAAAUGUGAUCUGGUACGCCGUGACCAACACGGAGCACGCCAAGCGCAAGACGGUCACCGCCAUGGCCGUGGUCUACGUGCUCAAACGCCAGGGACGAACCCUGUAA